GCCAUACCGCCAUAGACAACAACCACAUGAAACGUGACGGUCAUUUUGGCAAGGACGUGCGUGUGAAUGUUCUCCUAGUUGUCUGUACACCAUGUCCGUUAUAGUUGAAGAUCAAAGUUUUGGUGUGACAUGUGUUACUUGGAAAUGUGAUAUGAGUUGCAAAACUGGUUUAUUCGAAAAAGUGAACUUAAAGUUGAAUAGAAUUCCAAGCCACACAUCUUACUUAGAAAUCUUCUGGUUUAAUCACGGAUAUCGAUGGGGUGCUCUUUCGCUUGCUGAACAUCCUAUUUCAUUUUGUCUGAAGGAGCUUCAUGAAGGGGAAAUGAAAAGUAGUCAACUUCCGUUAAAACAAGUUCCAAAAAGAGAUGCUAUUCCCUUUUAUUACCGCCAACCUCACGCCGUUUGGGUCACUGUCGACGUAGGUCACUUCAAAGAAACCUCGAAAGUCUUCCUGAGUAAAGAAUGCAACGAUUUGGACGACCAUGUUGCAGCCAUUUGGAAAUCGAUAAAAGUAUCCUUUACACCUGCUUCGAGAAAGUUUUCAUUCAAGUUUUUUCUUCAUUUUAAUAAUUUCGGCAUUAGUGAAGUGAAAGCCGGCAAUAUUUUAACAGACUACCUUUUUCUUCAACAAACAAACUGUGAUGUUCAUUUUUGUUUCCCGUUGGGAAAGAAGAUCGGUGGUCACAUUUCCAUUAUUGCAGCUACUAGCCCUGUUUUUGCGGCCAUGUUCAGGCAUAACAUGAAAGAAUCAAAGACUGGUGAAGUCGUCAUCAAAGACAUCGAAAGAGACAUUUUCUAUGAGUUGCUUCACUACAUUUACUCGGGUCGGACAUCCGUGGCGAUGACUGAAGCCAUUGCUCAAUCAUUGAUAGCAGCAGCUGAAAAGUACAAUAUUCCUGAUCUGAAAAAUAAAUGUGCAGAUUUCCUAUUGGCACGAGUGACGGAUUCCACAGCUCAGAUAAUCUUUGAGGUAGCCGAUCGAUAUCACAUCCAGGAGCUUAAGGAGGAGUGUAUUCAAAUUCUCAUGUCACGCAUUGAAAUAGAGAAUGUCAUUCCGUUGAUUAUCUGGGCGAAUGAGAAACGUGCACAGAAAGUUAAAGAAGCAGCACUCAAAUUCAUAAAGAAAAAUUUCCAAGCCGUUUGUCAAUCUAAAGACUACGAAAACAUGAUGUUCCAGUUUCCUGAUCUCUGUUUGGAAGCAACCAGGUGCACGUACCGUUGAUGCCUUUCAAAAUCACCCUAAGCCUACUUCCUCAUCAAGAUGCCGCAAAAGUUUUAUCGGGGAAGUCGAUUGUCUCCAGUUUUCUCCACUUGUAUUUCGUUUCUUUUUCUCAAAUGUUGUUGCACUGUAAUGAAGAAAAUAAUUUUAAAUCACCAA